AUGGACAGAUCACUCGUCAACGAGCGCACAGCUGACAAGGUUGAGCACUGGCUGGAGUCGACAACCCCCGACAUGGAUUCGAUGAGGGAGUUGGAUCGUGAAAGAGAUACAGCACCGAGCACCUCGUCAUCUUCACCAGCGCGGCCCGGUUCUCUGCGAAACAACUUUGCAUCAGUUGCAGGCCGAAAGCCAAGGCGCUCUCGGCGUGGAGGUUCCAACACCAGAGGCUCAAGCAGAGGUCGUGGGCAGAGAAUGUCUACAUUCCACUUGCUCCUACCUCCGCCGCAGGAAACUGCCGAUACCCAAGGCAGUAUGCCUUCUCUCGAGCGUACUGUGACUCCUCUAGAUCGAAGCAUUGCCAUGCCGCCACAUGUCAAGAAGAUGACGCCGCCGAUGCUUCCGCGGUCUCCAACUCGCAGCACCAGUCGCGCGCUCACGCCUACCGGCCGAGCAGCGGGCUCUCCAACUCCUCGGCGGUACGGCAACAUCAUCUCCCCUCGUACUCCGCAAUCUAUCCGACGAGUCUCGUCGCGAUCUCCUCGGAACCCAUUUGAGCUUGCAAUCAAUGUGGCUGACUUACCGCGUUGCUACACUACGUGGAUGGUUUACCAACUUUUCGAGCAAUACGGAAACAUCAACUACAUCCGCAUUGAUAGGACUCCUGGCAAGGCAUUUGUGGUGUUUCGGCCCGCUCCAAAAGAUAUCUCUUGGGUCGGAUCCCGAAACUCUGGCGCAUACCUUGACAUCGAAGGCAACCAACGACACUUCAAAUGGCAGGCCUGGGAGAGGAACAAGCCAACACCAAUGUACACAAGUCCGGAUGGAGCAAACACCUACCCGGAGCAGAUCAUGCUCCCUCUCGUCAGCAUCGACUUUGGCACCAUGAAGAAUGAGCAUCUCAUGAACAUUAUGAGCUCCAUCAGCGGGCCUACCGACGAGAACGCCAGCCUCAGCUUGGACCUGAAGAAGAAGCGCGUGCUCCUAAACUUCGACAUCGGGAUGCCUGCUAUUGGAGACUGCCCUCCCGUCACUCGGAAGUUCAUGAUCGAGCUUGACAUUGCGCAGAUGCAUAAGAUGAUCCUCGUGCACGGGACCGACAAGUACGUGUCUGUCGUUAUCACAAUCCUUCACCCACCAGAGGUGCACCGGAAAGCUUCGAACAUCAAGGAGACGCAUGGAGAUCUGAAUGACACCGAUGGGGCUGUGAAGAACGACGAGUGGAACGAGUACAAUGCUUGGUACCGCCAGACCGACAUUGACGCGGAUCCAGCGGGUCGCAAAGGCCCUGUCCAGUUGCGGAAGACGACUUGCAUUCUGGAUACUGGGAGAUGGCUCACAUACCGGAUGAGAUUCAGCCCUUCCGUGGCAUCUUCAGACUUCUUCAAGCACUUUUGCCAGGGACUUGCUGACCACAAUAUACGCGCCGAUCUUGAAAAGGAUCUCGAAUAUGUCCACAGCGAUCUGGACACCUCCUGGCGCUGGGCAGACUCCUUGCAAAAAGUGUUAGACCCUUCGAAACCCACUUCAUUCCUUGCCGAUCUACUGCAAAUGACAGACACUAUUCACCUGACAUUCUCUGUGCAUUACCAACUGGAGGUAUGCAUUUCGCGGGGAGUUAUACACGAGUGCAAUAUGCAUGUUGGAUUUCUGUCGAGACUGGCCGCACUGGACCCGGUACGCGCGGUCAAAAUUCUCGAAAAGGUGGCGGACCGCAAAGAGCGCAUGUACGACCCCGAGGAUAUCUUUCUCUUGCACAACCAAGUGUCUGUGGUCGAGAAGCAGAGGCCUGGCUAUUGCGCCAAGAUUCCCUCGGCAACUGUCACACCAACGACUGUCUACUUUUCUACGCCUGUGCUGGAGACAUCGAACCGUGUUGUGCGUAACUUUGCACAAUAUGAAGACCGCUUCCUCCGGGUGAAGUUCAACGACGAGAGACACAAGGGUGGACUGCACUCUCAAGAUCAUCGUGUCAUGGACGAGAUCUUCUCGCGAGUAUUCCGAGUCAUGACGAACGGCAUAAUCGUUGGAGGCCGCCAUUAUGAGUUUCUUGCAUUUGGCAGCUCACAGUUCCGCGAGCACGGCGCGUACUUCUUCGCAUCGACCGACACAUUGAGCGCGGCCAGGAUUCGUGACUGGAUGGGAGACUUUACCAGGUUCAACAACGUUGCAAAGUACAUCUCCCGCCUUGGGCUAUGCUUUACGACGACCCGCGGUAUUCCACACAAGGUCAAUGUUCAACGCAUCGAUGAUGUGGUACGCAAUGGAUACGAGUUCACGGAUGGUGUCGGUAAGAUAUCCACACUACYAGCGGACAUGAUYGCUGGUCACUACAAGCUUGACUAUCGUCCUUCGGUUUUCCAAUUUCGAAUGGCAGGAUGCAAGGGUGUUCUAGCCGUUGAUCCAGAUGUCAAGGGUAUGUCAGUUCAAAUCAGGCCCAGUCAGGAAAAGUUUCCGGCGGCCUACUAUGGCCUGGAGGUCGCCAAAGUGUCGAAAUUCACAUCAGCCAACCUCAACGUACAACUCAUCCUGGUACUAUCAGCGCUGGGUAUUUCCGAUGGUGUCUUCAUGAAUAAGCUGAGGAUCAUGUUGGCCGACAUGGAAAAGGCAAUGACAGAUGAGGCAAUGGCGCGCAGAUUGCUUGAAAAGAACAUUGAUUACAGUCAGAUGACGCUUUCGUUAUCCCAAGCUAUCGGCGACGGCUUCAUGGAGACCCAGGAGCCGUUCAUCAUCUCUUGGUUACACCUCUGGCGGUCAUGGGCCCUGAAAUAUCUCAAGCUGAAGCAGCGGAUACUGGUCGAACAGGGAGCGUACGUCUUCGGCGUCACAGACGAGACUGGUACGCUAAAAGGAUACUUCGACGAUGGCGGGAAAGCAUUCGAUCGGGAGAGGAAAGCCAAGGGCUUGGAAACCUUGAAUACCUUUGACGAUAAGCGGGCGAGUAGCAACCGCGAGCCGGCCGAUAUCAGCAUUCCGAAGCCUCUCAACUUCGGAUUCGAACUUUCAAAGGACGAGAAGCUGGAUAARUUCAAUGACAAGUCAGCAGAUGGGUCUCCACCACUCCCAGAGGUCUUUAUCCAAGUCCCCGACCCGGAAGCGAAGGGUGGGUAUACGGUCAUCGAAGCGAUAUGCAUACUCACCCGCAGUCCGACACUGCAUCCAGGCGACGUUCGAGUUGUUCGCGCGGUCAAUGUCCCAGCGCUGCAUCAUCUCAAAGACUGUGUGGUACUGCCUCAAACAGGUGACCGCGACCUGGCCAAUAUGUGCUCUGGCGGUGAUCUGGAUGGAGAUGAGUACAUCGUUUCUUGGGACCCGGAACUCAUUCCUCACGAGUCGAAGUGGAAUCUACCAGCUAUGGACUUCUCAACCGCCAAGCCGCCACCAAGGGAGGGUCCUGUCUCCGUCAAGGACAUGGCGUCUUUCUUCGUGAAUCACAUCAAGAAUGAUAAGCUCGGUCAAAUUGCAGUUGCCCACAAAUGCUGGGCAGACAUGAUGCAGGAUGGCGUUCAGAAUGAGAAUUGCAUCGAGCUUGCAGGGCUUCACUCCCAAGCGGUUGACUAUCCCAAGACUGGAAUGCCUGCAAAGUUCCCUCGCAGACUGCGACCGUCGAGGAGACCACACUGGUCCGAACCCAGAGGUGCAAGCUACUUCUCAAGAAGAGUGAUAGGUCAGCUCUACAAUGCUGUGAAGCUCGACAACUUCAAGCCCGCCUGGGAGCUGCCUUUUGACCAGAGAAUUCUAAGCGCAUGCGUACCUUCGCAGCAGAAUCUCGAGGAUGCAAAGGAAGUCAAGGAUCUCUACGACGAAUCCAUGCGUCGCAUCAUGGCGCAGUACGGAAUCAAGAACGAGUUUGAAGUCUUCACCACCUUCGUCCAGGAACACAACUCAGAGAUCAACGACUUCAAGUUCGCAGAAACGAUUGACGAAGUCUCAUCAAGUCUGCGAUCGCAAUUCAUGGAGCAAUGCUAUGAGAAGGCAGGCACCACUUCGAAAGAGCGCGAUUGGGAAAAGAUGAAGCCUUUCAUUGUCGCCAUGUACACUGUCACCGCGAAUGAAGUCGGAGAUGCAGUCGCAGAGUCGAAGCAGAUGGUUGAGAGGGGUGGACGUGAAGAGCCGCGUCGUGUCUUGAGCUUCGACAACGUGCCAUUCAUGUCUUUCCCAUGGAUAUUCGCCAGAGAUCUUGCCAGUAUUGCCAAGGGACGCAACGGUAACAUGUCGCUGGCGUACCAGACUGCAAAAGCGAGGCCAACCCUCCCAACUGACAAGAAGCUGGCCAAGUUUCAGGCCAUGGCUGAAUUGUACGGGGAGCUGGAGCCGCUGAAAGAGGCGAUGGCGGAGGUUUCGAUGCCAGAGGGUAGAAUAUUGCAUGCAGGAGACGUGAUGAACCUACAUCACAACAAACGUCGAGUGACGAGUGUUGUUGAGAAAGCUGGGAUUGAGGGUUCGUCGAGCGGUGGCGGACAACUUCCAGCUGGCGGAGAUCUUUCUUUGACUUUCAGCCUGCUCUCUUCCAUGGAGAAGGGAGUUGUGCAGAAAUCCGCGAAGCAGAUGUGUCAGGAAAACGCGGUGGAGGUGACCUUCACAGCGGGAGACCCAUUCGACGCUGAUCUACAGCUCAAAACCGACAGCAAAGUCGCCGAAAACGUACCAGGCCUGCCUGAGAACGAUGUUGGUGUGCCAUCGGAUGGAGGAACUACGACAGCCGAGGGCCRGCUCGCCGCGAUUGACGUUGAACAUGCACUGGAGUCUCGAGCAGAUGUCACGAUGGACUAUGGCGAGUACCCGGCUUGUGGCAGCCCCUCUAUUGGAGACUUUGAGACGAAGGAUGACACCGCUGUUGGCGUUGAAGCUACCAGCGAUCAGCAGCAGCUCAUAUCAAUCGAUGACACUCCAAUCGAUGUUCGUCAACCUGCUGCGGUGGACAUGGAAGCUGGAGGCGUCGCUUCUGGAGAUGGGAGCGAAAUUGACGAGGAAGAAGUCGAGAUUGUCUUUGACGAGGUCCCUUCGAACUCCAUGGACGUUUGA